AUGUCGGGUUAUUCUUCGACCAGUUCCUUCAGUUCUGGCUCGCCAUCCUCUAACCCCGGAACUGUCACUGGAUCCACGCCCUCCACUGUGAUUACAAUUGAUCCACGACCACCAUGCAACGUCCUGUUCUGGAUCGAUGCUUCUACGGAAGCCUAUGCGGUGCCACCGACAGUUCAGGCUCGCCGACCGGCCCAGGAAGCAGCGCGAGCCCAGCCACAGGCUCAAGCGUUUCAGGUGCAACUGGAAGCUCUGGUUCGACCACGAUCCAAUCUUCAGGGAGCACUAAUCCCAGCCCAGCUUCAGGCGCGACAGAUGCAACUGGUGGUACCGGCUCUACCACAAAUCCGGGUUCCGGAAGCAGCGCGGGUCCAGCUACAGGUGCAAGCGGAAGUUCCGAGUCAUCACCAGGUCCAGUCUCCGGAGGCAGUACUAUCUCGGGCACGGGCUCUACAGGGUCUGGCGCUACCGACAGUUCCGCUUCCACUGCAAGCCCCGCCUCAGGAGGGAGCACUAUCUCAGGCACGGGUCCUACAGGAUCAGGCGCAACUGAGAGUUCCGCUUCCGGCUCAGCCGCAACUGGCAGUUCCGCUUCCACGGCAAGCUCAAUCUCAGGAGGGAGCACUGUUUCAGGCACCGGUUCAACCUGGACAGGUGCAAGUGACAGCUCUGGAUCACCUUCGAGUCCAGUCUCAGGUGGUAGCACGACGCCAGGCACGGGUUCAACCUCGACAGGUGCCAGCGACAGUUCUGGCUCUCCAUCGAGUGGAAUCUCCGCAGGGAGCACGAACCCAGGCACAGGUCCAACAUCGACAGGUUCAAGCGCGGGCUCUGGGGCCACCUCAAGCUCAGUCUCAGCAGGAAGCAGUAGCCAAACCCCUGGUUCUGCUGCCACUGCAGGUACCGGAUCGUCGUUUGGCUCCUCUAUUCCGACCGCUAAUCCCGGCCCCUCGAACCCGACUAAUGCUCCAUCCACUCAAAUUUCUUCCC